AAUCCUCCUCAGCUCCUCCAGCUCUAGAGCGCAUGCGCACUAAGAGCAGUAUGCUGUCAUGGCCUCGUUCAUGGAGGUAUUAUUGUGCUGCUGGGAGAGAAGAAUGAAAGCAGCUUUCAGCAGGACUCAGUUACUGAUGAUCAGCUGCUGACUUCAGGAUGAACGACAUGAACCUAAGUCCUGUGGGCAUGGACCAGCUCAGUGUGCCCUCAGUGAGUGCCAGCCACCUGGGUCUGCCCACCUCCCCCACACACAACACCAUUUCCACUGCAGGCAUGCCAGUGGCCAUCCCCAGCCUGGGUCCUUCCUUGGGCUCCCUUCCCUCUGCCCUCUCGCUGAUGCUCCCCAUGGGUCCGCUGAGUGACAGAGGAGUGAUGUGCGGCCUGCCAGAGAGGAACUACUCUCUGCCGCCUCCUCCAUACCCCCACCUGGAGAGCAGCUACUUCCGACACAUAUUGCCAGGUAUCCUGUCCUAUCUGGCAGACCGUCCACCACCUCAAUACAUUCAUCCCAGCAGCCUUAACAUGGAUGGGACCCUGUCAGUGUCCAGCAACAACCCCUCAGGUCUGGAUCCCUACAGUGGCCCCGGAGGCCCACUGGAGCAGGGCCUGGUGCCCAUGGACUCCAGACAGGUCAGCGGCCAGGGAGACCUCCACCAGACCGGUGCUCAUGAGCUGGACUCAGGGUUGGCCAUGGAGUCGCGUGUCAGCAGCCCCAUGUCCCCUGACCGGAUGGGAGAGGAGCUGGCCACCAUGGACGGAGUCGUUGUGGUGUCUGACAGCCAGCAGCAGCUCGGAGGGGGACGGCAGCCUCAGCCACACGAGGGACUGAGUGGGGUGGACUCAUCUGGCGGGGUGAUGCCCCUCCACGGACCCCCUGUUCUCGAACUACCGGUGGUGAUGGAGCCGGAUCACAUGGGGGGCCGGGUGGGGAACGCUGGGGGUGGAGGAGCUGGAGGACUUGGAGAGCAGCUCCACACUAACGGGGAGCUGAACUCAGGCGUCGUCAGCGUGGUGCUCACCGGCUCCAUGGCGAGCCAGGGCCAGCUGGAGCCGGUGUCGCUCCACGGACACUCUGGGAUGGGGCUGGAGGCGGUGAACGUGUCCCCCAUCACCGCGGAGGUGUCGCUGGGGCCAGAAAACAACCUGGUGCUGGUCAACUCCAGCCUGCAGCUGGAGGAUUCUACCUCUAACAAGGAGAACAUGGUCACCGCCUUCACCAUCUGGUGCACACUGUGUGAGCGCUCGUAUACCUCAGACUGCCCAGAGCACGGCCCAGUCACCUUCAUCCCUGACGCGCCUAUCCAAAGCCGGGCUCGCCUCUCGCUGCCGCGUCCACUGUGCCUGCGCAUCUCAGUGGCCGACGAACCGCUCGGAGUUUUUGCACGGGACGUCAUUCCUCCAAGGACCUGCUUUGGACCAAUGGUGGGCCAGCACUGUAGCAACGUGGACCUUUGUGAUUGGCCAGAAAAGGAAACGCCACAAAUAUGGAAGAUGUACCACAACAAUGUGCUGGAAUUCUACAUCGUGACGACGGACGAGAACGAGUGCAACUGGAUGAUGUUUGUCCGCAAAGCGAGGACCCGUGAGGAACAGAACCUGGUGGCGUACCCUGCCAAUGGUAAACUGUUCUUCUGUACAACCACAGAGCUCCACCCGGACCAGGAGCUGCUCUUCUAUUACAGCAGAGACUACUGCAGGCUGAUAGGUGUUCCUCAGGUGCCCGAGGGCCAGAUCUGCCAAUGUGGCAAAGAGUGCUCCUCCUUCUCUGAGCUCAAGUCUCACCUUGGCAGCCAUAACAGUAACCACAGCCAUAACCAACCUCCACACAGCCACAGCCCAUCGCAGCAGGACCACUCUCAGCAACAGCAGCAACAACCACAGCAACAGCAGCAGCAGCAACAAGAGCAACAACAACAGCAACACACUCACCAGGAAGAGAAGCUGACCAAUGGGACCUCGAGCUCCUCCUCUUCCCCGUGGCCCUGCCACGCCCACGCUGCAGGACAAACAAACAGUGAUAACACCAACAGCAGCAGCAACAGAGGCGGCAGUAACAGAAACUCUAAUAACAAUGUUACCUCCAGAGCAAAAGGUCAGGGUCACGUACGGGAGAAGAAAUUCAAGUGCAGCAUGUGUUCCCGGGCUUUUCUCACGUCCACAAAGCUCAACGUGCACUUCAUGGGGCACGUGGGGAUGAAACCUCACAAGUGUGAAUACUGCAGUAAGGCCUUCAGCGAUCCCAGCAACCUCAGGAUGCACCUCAAGAUCCACACAGGUCAGAAGAACUACAGAUGCACGGUUUGCGAGAAGUUGUUUACCCAGAAAUCCCACGUGGCGUCGCACAUGCUCAUCCACACUGGUGCAGAGAAGCUCAAGUGUGACCUCUGUGACCGAGCAUUCAUCAGGAAACACGACCUGAAACAACACAUGUUCUCUCACACACAUGAGCGGCGGAUCCAGUGCCCGAAGUGCAACAAACAUUUCCUCAAGACCAACCACCUGAAGAAACAUAUGAACUCUCACGAGGGCCGGAGAGACUUUGUCUGUGAGAAAUGCCACAAAGCUUUCCUCACCAAAUACCACCUCACCCGUCACCUCAAGAUAUGCAAGGGGCCCAAGACGGAGAGAGCAUCGCGGAAGGAGCAGGAAUUAGACGAGGAAGAAGAUGAAGAGGAUGAGGAAGAGGAGGAGGAUGAUAACGGUAGGGGAGGAGGAGGAGAGAGACUCGUUGACUCAGCCAGCACUGAAGACUGUGGUUUAGAUGUUGGAGGAUAUAACUCUGAGAAGUCCCUGUCGCCCUCUCAUUGACAACACUGUGCCUUUUAAUAUGUCUUGUUUAUUUAUAUACUUUAUUACAAUAAUAAUUGUUACCUCUAUUUUUUUUUUUUUUGCCAAAUAUCAGUUACAACACCUUACAUAAUUAGUACAUUUUAGUUGCCACAUUUUACAUAAUCCAAAUUGUACAAUCAUGUUUAGUCUCACACAAGCUUCUCAGUGCUGCUAAAAUCAUCUUUGUCAUAUUAUAAGACAACUGAUAAAGAUCUGACUGUAUUUCUACAAAGCUCUCUCUCUCUCUCUUCAUUUAACUCAGGCCUGUCUAAUAUUGGUUAAUGGGAUUCAUAUAAGCUGUCUUUCAUUCAAUUUUAUUCAUUAUUCUGUUUCUUUUUUUUGACUCGCACAAUAACAUGAGAUGAAGAGCUGAUAUUGAUUUGUAGUUUGCGCAAUAGUGUCGGUUAACAUUUCUAAUGCCAUCUUCUUGCGUUUUCAUUCUGGUAUGUCACUGCUAAAUGGCCCGAGUCUUUAUUUAUUAAAAGCAGCAUUUUGUAUUCUUCUUUUUUAUUUAAAAAUCCUGUAUGAAUGGAGGAGAAUCUGUUGAAAACAGGAAUCUGGGCAUUAAUGUGAUAUUCCUCAUUGUGUGAGUAAUGUUAUAGUUCCAUAUUAUGUGUUGCAUAAUGUUUUAAUAAAUAAACAUUUACAGCUAUU